GCUUAUCUACUUGAUGUGUUAAAAAAAAACGAAAAAAAAAAAUAAAACAAGUUUCAAGGAUUUUUUAAGACAAAAAUACAGUGCUUCUUAAGAAAAAUUGUUGUCUUGUAUUAAUCUAAAGAAUACUAAAAAAAUUUAAAAGAGAAUUUUUCUUUUCACAAUCAAAUCUAUCAAAAUAAGAACAAAAAAACACGAUUUUAUAUAAAUAAUAUAUACACAUAUAUAUAUAUAUAUUUAUUAUAUAUAUAUAUUAAACAUGGGAGCCCGAGAAGAUGAAUAUGACUAUUUAUUUAAAGUUGUUUUGAUAGGAGACUCUGGUGUAGGAAAAAGUAAUUUGCUUUCCAGAUUUACAAGAAAUGAAUUCAAUUUGGAAUCUAAAUCAACAAUUGGCGUCGAGUUUGCUACCAGAAGUAUUGAGGUUGACGGAAAAACUAUCAAGGCGCAAAUUUGGGACACUGCUGGACAGGAGAGGUAUCGUGCUAUAACUUCAGCUUAUUACAGAGGAGCCGUUGGUGCACUUCUUGUCUAUGAUAUUGCCAAACAUCUCACUUAUGAGAACGUUGAGCGAUGGUUGCGAGAAUUGAGAGAUCAUGCCGACCAAAACAUUGUUAUAAUGCUAGUUGGUAAUAAAUCUGACCUAAGACAUUUGCGAACUGUACCCACGGACGAAGCCAAGUCUUUUGCUGAACGAAACGGUCUAAGUUUUAUUGAAACAUCAGCUCUGGAUUCAACCAAUGUCGAAACUGCAUUCCAGAAUAUUCUUACAGAGAUUUAUCGCAUUGUGUCUCAAAAACAAAUUAGAGAUCCUCCAGAAGGUGACGUCAUUCGGCCGACUAACGUUGAGCCAAUUGAUGUGAAACCAACCGUUACCUCAGAUGUUCGCAAACAAUGUUGCCAGUGACCGCAGCAAACAUUGUUUUUCUUCUUUUAUUAUUUUUCCCAUAAAAUCUAAGAAUGGAGUAUUAGGUAUAUAUAAAAUGAACUCUUCACGUUAAAAAAAAAAAACAUUUGAAUUUAAUUUGAAUGCCUACAAAUUUGUUUACUUCAUCAAAAUAUUUUGUUCUAACUUAUAUGUUUCACGGGAAAUAAAAUUUACCAAAAACUUAA